AUGGCGGUGUCAUUUGAGAAGGAUACGAAGAUUAUGAAUGCUGCAUCAUUCACUAUUGAACGUGAGGACCACACCGUCGGCAACAUCCUCCGCAUGCAGCUGCACAGGGACCCGAAUGUGCUCUUUGCUGGUUAUAAUCUCCCUCACCCCCUCCAGUACAAGAUCAUUGUUAGGAUCCAUACUGCAAGCCAGUCAUCCCCAACACAGGCAUAUACCCAGGCACUCAAUGAUCUAGACAAAGAGCUUGAGAACCUAAAGCAAGCUUUUAAGGAUGAGAAGAACCGCUUUGAGGAAAGGAUGAAGCAGAGCUACUAG